GUCUACAACAGAUGGUCCCUUGUAUCUAGUAUGGGCCCAUUCCUUCGUCGCUCUGUCCCUUGGUGCGAUCCUGCGCAACCUCACCAUGAGGGGUCGGCGGCUAACAACCACCACCGAGAUAUGAGGGGUGCGUUGUUGUCUUGAUACUAGUGUCUUUGUUCGAUUCAAGUUGGUGGUCUUUUAGAAAACUUUCGAAGUCGGGCGUCUACCAGAUGUUCGAAGAGAAUCACCCGACAUCACGUUCAGGAUCUGAGUCAGUUCCUUCUCGUGGUUCCUGUCAUUACAUCUUCUAUCAGGGCUCACUAGCAAGUCUAUCUUGGUGGGACAAUGCGGCGACUACAAUUUCUCCUCCUCCUUUGGAUCCUCAGUGUCAAUCCUGUCCUCUGUUCGGUUCCUCGCCAGGUGACCUGGUCGGAUAAACACUUCGGACCCGACGGCCCUUGGCAAGCAGUCACUGUUUCCAUGGGAAGCAACUACUCCGAACUCGUCGUGUCUUCAUCUACUUUGGCAUUAUACCCGGGAGGGAGUUGGGAAAGCAAAAUCCUACUCUCUUCCAUCUGCGACAACAAGAUGCUCUCGUCGGUGUGUUACGGGGACACGGCCGGCCUGUUUGACAGCGACAUAUCCGUCACCUUUGAUAAUCAUUCCAUUGGAAUGCCGCCAUAUGGAACCUGGGGCGAUGUGGACUGGGGAUUUUCAGAUGCAGUUCCUGUUCAUGCAAAAGCAACACGAGCGACAGACUGGAUAACCAUCGAGGGGGCUUCUGUACCGGAUGUCGACCUGAUCACCAUAUCUGCGGGGUGGCAGACUUACCCCGGUGGACAAGCUUAUCCAUUGGAAGUUGGAAUCCUUUCUCUUGGAAGUCCUGAUAUCAAUCAGACAUUCGGAGCGGUGAUCAAAAUCAACACGACCUUUGUCACCAGCUAUUUCUACGAGCAGGAGGGGUCUCUGAACAUCCCAUCCUAUUCCUAUGGACUGCAUAUUGGCUCUGCAUCUCUGGGGAUUCCUGGCUCAGGGAAAUUCGUCCCUUGCCUCUGGUCUCACGCCUGUGACGCCAUCGCCGCAGAGUUACCCGUCACAUACCAACCCGACUAUGACCUCUACUUCUGGAACACCUCCGACUCGCAAUACAACAAGAUUACAACAUCCCCAAGUUACUUAGCCUUCAGCUUCAGCAAAAACAACCUCAACAACGAGAACAUCACAAUCAAUGUCUCCUUCGCUCUUCUAAACCUCACCCUAGAAGCCCCUUUGGUGAAGACACCAACGCAAUACUUCCCAUGCAUGGCCACCAACAGCACCCCUGUUCUCGGCCGCGCGUUUCUCCAAGCAGCCUUCAUCGGCGUGAAUUGGCUCGGUGGAAAGUGGUUCCUGGCUCAAGCCCCAGGACCCGAUGGGUCGUUUAUUGUCGACACCGAGACAAUCGGCGACAAUGAUUCCACAAUCCCCGGGACAUCAAAUAGUUGGGAAGAUACAUGGAAGAAUAGCUGGACGUUGAUAGCAACCAAGUCCCCCACGAAUUUCACCUCGACUGCGAACACGACAGUUCCUGAACCCAGCAGCUCGGCUACUGACAGCAAGGGUCUUCCUGCAGCGGUCAGGACUGGGAUCAUUGUUGGCAGUGUUGUCGGUGGCGUGUCAAUCACUGUCCUCUUCUGUGGGCUUUGUAUUCAUCGCCGGAAGAAGAAGAUUCGAGUUGAAGCUCGUGCCGCAGAUGGACUGGUAGAUCAAGGGUCUUCAAUGCAGCACCUGCAGCCUGUAGAGGCCCCAAAUAGUGUCUGGGACCAGUUCACCGAGUUGAACAGCCAGCCGAGAUAUGAGAUAGGAUCGGAUAGAGGCCCCUUCUAUGAACUGGGGCCGGAGAAACAUACUAUGACGGACGUAGAGCAUAGAACGGAAGUUCAGCAAGGCGAUUUGUUUGAGCUCCCCGAGCGGACAUCCAUCUCGAGGUCUUUGAAUGUUAUAUAA